AAUUAUUUAUGUAACAGGUCAACAUAUUGCAGGAGUCCCAGGAUGCUGUUUACUGAUUGGUUGCCAUUAUUUUCUUGCAGCACUUUGCCAAUGAUAGUUAAACUGUCUCCGUCCGUUUUAUUUUGACGACACUUUGCUGCUGCUCUGGCAUUCUCUUGACUUAAUUUAGUUUCAUGUAAGUGAAGUGGCUGUUAUCUUUCAAUUCAAUACAAGGCUAAAGCUAUGACAGUAAAAUGAACCCUAUCAUCUAACUCAAGUAGAUACUCAAGACAUUUUCCAAAAUGUCUAUUUCUUCAAACCUCAUUCGAAUAGUUUUUUCGACAUGUUCUCCAUAUUUUAAACAAGGGAGACGUAAGCUUAACACCAACUGCCAUUCAAAUGAAUUUAAAAAAACAAACAUCUUGUUUCUUACUUUUCUACUUUUUUUGAUCGGACUUAAGUGACUGGACAUUUCCAUCAUAUGCUUAAGAUGUCAGUAAAAAACCUUUGUAAACCUCCUUACUUAGUCUUUAGUUCAGACAGUCUUAAAUCAGCUUUUUAAAAAUUUAAGGGAGGGUUUGUUGGUCAUUGAAAUACACCUUUGAAAUGUUGGUUUCACAAAGAGGACGUCUAACUUUAAGUGUGGACAUUUGGCUGCUGCUACUGUUUUUCCAACUCAUCCAUUUUAAUUAUUGUGUGGUUGAGCAAGCUGAUAGAAUCUACUAUGUCGCUCUUUGGAUGUAAAAAUCACCAGCAGUGGAAAUGUUACUUAUGUGAAGGCCUAUUUAAACAGACACCCAGCGUGUGGUCACCAACUUGUGUCAUGUUCUCAGAGUAUUUAACAAAUUAAAAAGAUAAAUUAUGUCACUUGAAACGGUUUCACAUGGAUGCUGCUGCCCUAAUUAAUGGUCAUUCUAGCCCCAGCUUUGUGUUACACAAGAGCUGCCUCUCAAACGGAUAACCCCAUUAGAGGAAUGUCACCUGCCUCAGUCUUCCACAUGCAUGCAGCCGCUUGUGCCUGUGAGGUGGAUUUACCAACAUGAUGCUCAAGAAAGUUCGAUUAACUCGUGAGUAAAGUCAUUACUUGAAAAAGAAAUUUGUCCCAUAGGAUGGCCCACUCAAAUGGGAAGGGUGAAAAGGGGUCCAAAUUCGAGACGUUGAGACUUUUGGAGAAAUGCAGAAAAGAACGAGAUGAUGCCAUGCAAAGAGAAAGUGUUCUCAGAGAGAAACUCCGACAGUACGAGUCCAAGGUGCGCUCAUCUGAAGCCGUGAAACAGAAACUGAAGAGCUUGACUGUGGACAACAAGGAGCUGAGGAAACAAGUGAAGGCUCUGCGUACGGAGAUUGGACUUGAGUGCAGCUCUAAGUUCAAUGGAAAGACCACAAAGGACAUAAUCAAUGACUUGCAGGAAAAGGACCGUGAGUGCAAAUUCCUGCUGGAGAAGAGCGGCAAACUUAAUCUGACCAUCGAUGAUUUGAAUUCAGAGUUGGCGAAUACCGUCACCUCUAAAACACUCUUAGAGGAACAAGUGCAAUCGUUGCAGCAAAAUCUCAAGGAUAUGACAAAUAAUCAACGCCGCUUGCUGAAGUUGUGGGAAGACAAGAAGGUGCAAAGGGAGCAGCUUGCCCUCCCUGCAAUUGCCCAGAAACCUGUGCAGAAAGCGUUUGUCCACAAAGUAGUUCAAACUGAGAUGUCCGUCAGUUCAUCCCAAAAGCUUCCAGUCAAUGCUUUUGAGAGCAAGUCAUUCUCUCGGGACCUCAACCAAACAACUUUGGAUAAGCACAGUUUUCCGACCUAUGGAAAUGGCUAUCAUCAUGAUGAGAAGGCUUUCAUGCAUGAUGAAACAAAAGGAAUAAAAAAGGGAAUAGGCUCAAUGACUGAUAUUCACUAACACACUGGAUUGAGAAAUUAAGGGGGAGAUGUAGCUAAUAUAUCUGGAAAUAACUACCAAAUUAGUCAAAUUGAAUACUAUUUAAUUGAUUAUUAUUUCUGGCUUUUUUUGGUGCAUUGUGUAAUUUGAUUCUGUUGCAAUGUAGUUAUCUUACUAUUUGUGUAACUAAACCUACAUUUAAACAUUUACCUCAAGCAGCUUUCAAAAGCAAUGGUCUGUGAGCUUAUUCCGUUUAUUCCAUCCUGCAUUGACCAGACUGCCUCGUCAACAUUGAUAAAUAU